AUGGCAGCAGGCGCGGGCAACUCGGCCACUCUCCACCUCCCCCGGAUCCUCUGUCUACACGGUGGGGGGACAAACGCCCACAUCUUCCGCAUGCAAUGUCGCGUUCUCAAUCGCAAACUCCGCCCUUACUUCCGGCUGGUCUUUGCGGAGGCAGCUCUCCCCGCACGACCGGGUCCGGACGUCACCGUCGCAUACAAAUUCUAUGGUCCGUUCAAGGCCUGGCUGCGAAUCCGAGACGAAGACCCGGUCCUCGAAGCACACCAUAUUGUCAACAAGAUCGAAAGCACUCUAGAAGCGGCCCGAGUUGCAGAUUAUUGUCGAGGCGCGACGGGCGAGUGGGUGGGUCUGCUCGGGUUCAGCCAGGGCGCGCAUCUCGCUGCCAGUAUCCUCGCCAACCAGCAGGAGAUGCUGUGA